CUGCCAGAAGGACCCUCGUUUUUCAAUUCCCACCCUCGUUUCCUCACCUUCGAAGUCAGUCCGAAAGAGGCUUGUCUCUGGAUGCCAACUGCUCAGACUGCGUCAUCUGUCGCAGCUUCUUCUAGGUAGGCUUGCCUACCUGAGGAGAGCUGCUGCAGUCGGCGGCGGUUUUUUCUUGCCUGUGCUACGAGCAUGUCGUUGAUUCUGCCCAAAGGCAUUGUGGUCAACAACUCUCCCUAUAUCGAGGGAAGCAUAGAGCGGAUCAGUACUGAGCCUUUGGAUCUUGCGGACAUUGCCAAGUUCUGGAAAGUCUACACCACCACAAAACGAAGGCUCCUCGAUCCCACCGCCGAACGUCUCGAGAAUUACUGGUGGCGCAUAUGGGGCAGUCGGAAACGAGAGCUGAACGGUGCCACCAUUGCCGGCCUGUUCUCGCACAUCUCACAUGGCCAGAGCUUUGUGCCAUUACGAGGACCUCCAAAUCGGGAUGAGGGAACUCCUCCCAUGGUAUGGGAGAGAACUGCCCGCGCUGGGCCCCGCGGCUCGAGUUCCACUACUGUCAGCCGUUCGCACCAGGGCCGUCCGAGUACUACGUCCUCAUCGACAACAUCUAGAGCUCCCUCGGUAAUGCCACACCCCAUACUCAAGAAGUCGAGAGGUCCUUCUACAACAGGACCCCGGCCAACUGCCCGCUUCAUCUCGCCGCACGAAUCUGAAGAUGAGUCGAUGUCGUCGGCCAGCUUUAAUUCACAUGUCACUGUACAACCCCCUUCGCCUGGUUCGCCGAGUUCCAAAACAGAAAAGAAAGCGGCGGCCACUUCCGGAACUGUUAGCAAGAAAAGCCCCGUGGCUGUCAGGAAGAAAAGACCCGUAAUAGUCCGACGCAAGAGUUCGCAAUCUUCGUCCGAGACUUCCUCUAAGACUGCCGAGACGACAGCAUCUACUGAGCCCCCGUCAUCACCAGAGAGGACCCCACCCAUACCCCCGGAGUCAUCUAAUAUCUGCAGCAAGGAACCCCCGCAGGCAAAACUACAGGAGAAUUUCUCUCCCUCUGAUCGAUCAUUGACACCGUCACCAAAGAAGCGGGGCACCACAAAUUUCACGGAUUCGACGGGUUCUUUGUCACCGACACCUGGGGCUCGCCAGGAUCAAGAUGAGCAUAUAUCAGGUCCAGAUGUGGCUUCAUUUGGAGACCAAGGGCCUUCUUCUGCCCUCCGCGCUAUGGAGAAUCGACAAGCAUCCGGAGAAAAGAUCCCUGCCGAAGAGCUUGCGGCAAGUGUUAUGAAGGGACCGGCGCUUGCUAAGGCUGAUGACCGUGUCGUGGAGGGUUCCCGAUCAACAGCAGAAAAGUCCUCAGCCCAGUCCCAAAGUGAUGGUCCCCAGUAUUCGCACAGAGCGCACCAGCCGACUCCUGCUGGCAAACAGGAGCCCCAUGAUCUUGGUGCCAUUCGCUAUUUAUCAAAUGAUCCCAAGAGUACACCCAGCUUAGCACCGACCCUUGCUGCUGCUACUGGGCAGCUCGACUUGGGUGGUGAUGUGGCGGACCCAGCCCAAACAACUUCAGUAUCCAGUCCCAGAAAGCCCGACAAGGGCAAGGGAAGGAGUUCAGAAGAUGCGGGCCCUGCCGAUCGAGCGCGGAGUGCGGAACAUAGUUCCAAAGACCGGAAAAAGAGCAGCGGGUAGGAAUAAACAAAAAAGAAACAUAUAGAUGGGGUUCCGGGGAGGUUGUACAUAUCAAGUCGGGCGACUGGGACCACACGACACCGCGGUACGGGGUCGGCACCAAAAGUCACUUUAGCGAUUCAUCAUUCCUCUCUUCCUCUGACGGCUGUUGCAUUGGGAGGCGCUCUUGGGCUCGACGA